AUGGAUUUAAGUUACAUAUUUUUCAUCUGCCUGCUGGCGCUAUACAGCGCCGACGCCGAAAGCAAACAGAAAUCGGGCAGAGGCCGAGGCUCCAUGUGGUGGGGCAUUGCCAAGGUCGGCGAACCCAACAACAUUUCACCCAUCAGCACAGGCAUCAUGUACAUGGAUCCCGCCAUUCACUCGACGCUGCGCCGCAAGCAGCGUCGCCUAGUCCGCGACAAUCCUGGCGUGCUGGGCGCUCUGGUCAAGGGCGCCAAUAUGGCCAUUAGUGAGUGCCAGCAUCAGUUUCGCAAUCGUCGCUGGAACUGCUCCACGCGCAACUUUCUGCGCGGCAAGAAUCUCUUUGGCAAAAUCGUCGAUCGAGGCUGCCGUGAGACGGGCUUCAUCUAUGCCAUUACCAGCGCAGCUGUAACCCAUUCGAUAGCGCGAGCUUGCAGCGAGGGCACUAUCGAGUCCUGCACCUGUGACUACAGCCAUCAGACGCGCUCUCCGCAGGCCAAUCAGGCGGGCAGCGUGGCUGGCGUCCGGGAUUGGGAGUGGGGCGGCUGCUCCGACAACAUCGGCUUCGGCUUCAAGUUCUCGCGCGAGUUCGUGGACACCGGCGAGCGCGGACGCAAUCUGCGCGAAAAAAUGAAUCUGCACAACAAUGAGGCGGGCCGAGCGCACGUUCAAGCGGAGAUGCGUCAGGAGUGCAAAUGCCAUGGCAUGUCCGGCUCGUGUACGGUAAAAACCUGCUGGAUGCGUCUGGCCAAUUUCCGUGUCAUAGGCGACAAUCUGAAGGCGCGUUUCGAUGGCGCCACACGAGUCCAGGUUAGCAAUAGUCUGCGCCAGAGCAGCAAUGCCGUCGCCGUUGUCAACCCGAAUGCGGCUGGACCCAACAGCGUUGUGGGUGGCGUUGGCGGCGUCGGUGGCAACGGCUUGCCGCCCUCGGUCAACGGCUACGACGACGAGGAGCGCAUGCUCAACGAUCACAUGCCCGAACUGCUGCUGGACAACAGUCAUCCCAAUAGCAAACAGCAUCAUCCCAAUAUGCCAUCGCCCAACAGUCUGCCAGUUGCAGGCGCCAGGUCACGCGGACAUGGACGCGGUCGCCAGGGUCGCAAACACAAUAGAUAUCACUUCCAGCUGAAUCCACACAAUCCGGAGCACAAGCCGCCAGGUCCCAAGGACAUUGUCUACUUGGAGCCGUCGCCAAGUUUCUGCGAGAAGAAUCUGCGGCAGGGCAUUUUGGGCACACACGGACGGCAGUGCAACGACACCUCGCUGGGCGUCGAUGGCUGUGAUCUGAUGUGCUGUGGGCGUGGCUAUCGCACACAAGAGGUCGUCGUUGUGGAGCGCUGCGCCUGCACCUUCCACUGGUGCUGCGAGGUCAAGUGCAAGCUGUGUCGAACCAAGAAGAUCAUACACACGUGUCUGUAAGAGAUCGCUUCGUCUGUCAGCCUGUCGGCCCCGCCCUCUUGCCCACUAGCCUAUCCCAAUUCCCACUUUGUGUAUGUGUUAUGUAUUUGUCUACGCUUAGCCUUUGUUAUUAGAAGUUAAGAGCCUAGACUAAAGCCUAGUUAAAGUCCAUGAACCGCCCCUAAUUUACGCGCACAUAACAGCCUACUCUGACUUUUUAGCAGUAUUACGUACAUAUAUAUAUAAGUAUAUAUAUAAAUAUAUAUAUAUAUAUAUAGAUAUAUAUAUAUAGCAAGGAGUUUAUUGACACGACAAAAGUAGAGUGUACAACUUCGUUUUGCCCAGUUUUUAGUUCUAUAAGCAAAAGCAGCAAAUUUUUUUUGUAAAUCACGUUGCUGCUCUGCAAGGCCCAUAAAAGUAUAAAGUAUGCUCUAAAUUUUAGUCUUAUGUAGCUAUAGAUUUCAUAAUUUAAAGAAAGCAAGCGCGUUUAAGCAUCUCCUUCUACCCAAUUCAUUCAAUCAACGAAAAAAUUGUUCGAAAUUAUUGAAAACAAGACUGAAAUUCAAUUGCGCGCAGCUGAAACUCUCUCUCCCUCUAACUCUCUCUCUCUCUCUCUCUCUCUCUAACAGCAACAAUAACAACAUUGUUGCUGUCUAGUUAACAGCGACGCUGACCUCGACGCUGGCAGCGCUGCUUGCAUUUCCAAUUUGCCCAGCUGCAAAUCGCAUGUUAAGCAUACGCCACGUGAACCUUUAGCCAAAAGGGAACUAGCUCGCAAUGUUCAUAUGAACUAUGCACCCUUUACGCUUUCCAUGUCUGCGUCUUUCAUUCAUUUUGUGUACAUAAUUAAGUAUAUUUAAUUAAAUUAAUUUAAGUUCGUUAUGUCUAAGUAAUUACAGCAAAUGCACGCUAGAUGGCGCCACAUAAACAAUAAGUUUUACUCUGUUAUUUCUGCUUUGGAAUUUAUGAAAUUUGCACAAAAGUAAUGAAAUCUUUUUACUAACUAUUACAAAAAAAAACAUUUUAAUAUAAAUGUGUUUUUUUAUCCAUGCAAAAUUUAAUUUAUCUAUCAAAUAUGUUGCCUUUUCGGUUGUGCGUUCUAGGUAUUACUAAUAAUUAAUUAAUUGAUAGAUUAAUGAUUAAUUAGACGACUAAUUCAAGUAUAUUUAAUUAAUUUAUAUUAGAGCAUAGACAACAUUCAAUAUUGUAAAGUAUUAAAAACAUAAAGAAAAACAACAAAAAACAAACAAAUUGCGAAUGCAAUGCACAAAUCAAUAAA